CGUAAAAUACAGUUGCCGCGGGCGUUCGUAACCGAUCAGAUGCCGAGAGUUGUAUAUCUCGAUCUCACCUUAAGUGAGUCUCCAAAAAUAAGGAGAGUGUCUGCUAGAUUCGGAUUCUGAUUCAUAUUUAUUAGUUUUUCAGUGGAAAGCCGCGACUAUGUGCCUCUGAAAGGUCAAACUUUUCUUCUUCGGGACUUUCUUCGGGUGUUGAGUGCGUGUUUCCGGGUUCGCGGGUGCUACAGUGGGCUAUGGGCCAUGGAGUUCUUUCAGGAAUGGUCGUCCCUCCGAGAGACGUCCACAAAGACUACCACAACCACAAUGACCACCCCUGCAAAACUAUAUGGAAAAGAUUUGAGUGUUUACGAUGAUGUAGAUGUUGAUGAACUACUGGAUAAAUUAACGGCUGAAGAAAUUAGUAUUUUAGCAAAAGAGGCUGAUCCUGAUGAUAGUUUUUUACCUCCCUCACAAAGGACUAGUUAUGAAUGUGAUAAGGAUGCAACAGGGCCCAUCAAUAGGAAAAAGUUAAUAGAACAUAUAAAUAAGGAAGCUAUGGAAACCCCCGAUAUACCUGAAUUGGAACCUUAUGUUGCAGGCAUGGUACGAGGGAAAAAAUGGGUUCCUCCGCCUCCGCCAGCGAAAGAACAAGAGGCUGAAGAACAGAUUGCCGUAGAUUUAGGAGAUGAAUAUGAACAAGCCUUGACUGAUGCUUCACAGGAGGAAAUUAUAGACUUAGCCGCUAUCCUUGGUUUCCAUUCAAUGAUGAACCAAGACCAAUACCACGCGUCGCUCUUGAACAAAGGCCAACCAGUUGGUUUAGGUUGGGACGGUAUCACAAAAGCCUCCAAACCCAAACUAUUCCCCAUGGAUCCACCCAAUAUGACAGAUACAGAUGAAACGGUCAAGAAAGUACAAGACGACGAUGGCAAAUUCAUCGAUUUAAAUUGGAACAAUAUUAAAAAUAUAUCAGACGAAAAAAUCGACAGAUUGUUCGAGGCCCUCUGUAGCAACACACACCUCGAAACGUUAUCGUUAGUGAAUUGCGGUCUGGCCGACAGACACAUAGAGAAGUUAGGCAGGGCGAUCGAGGAAAACGGUACCUUGAGGGUGAUCAACGUCGAAACGAACUUUAUUUCGCCCCAAGGUAUCGUCCGGUUGGUCAAAGCCCUGCUCAAGAAGAAGACUGUCGAAGAAUUUCGGGCGGCAAACCAGAGGUCACAGGUGUUGGGUAACAAAAUAGAAAUGGAAAUCACCCAACUCAUCGAGAAAAAUCCGACGAUAUUAAGGCUGGGAUUGCAUUUAGAAUACAACGAUGCCCGGCAUCGUAUCGCCAAACACCUACAAAGAAAUAUUGACACAAAACGUCGUCGUGUGAUGGCGAAAUACCAGGUAACUUUGGGAAAACAGGGGCAACCGGCGAAAAUCGUUCGCACAGAAUAAUAUUGACCUACCCGCAGACGCCGUACUGGGCAAUUGCCCAAAAACUAUUUAGUAGGUUAUAUCGCUUGAAGCUAAGAGCUGUUUGCGCUGUUGUCACAUCUCAUGAGCCCUGUCACAGUCACGAGUCACGUAAGAAGAAAGAAGGAAGAAGAGAAGACAGUCCGUGCCGAAUUUUAACUGGUAGUUUUCUCUACAUUAGUUUUAUUUUUUAAUUGUACAGUUUACCUCUGCUAAAAUUUUUCGAAGGUGGCAAAUGAUUUGCAAUACAUUUUUUGUCUACCUAUGUAUUAUCAUUCGAAUAAUCAUUUAUAUAAUAAACUAUUCUAAAUGGGAAAUAAGCCACAAUUUAACUAAAAAAAUGAUUGUUGUCGUUGUCAACAUAUAUAAAAUAUUUUUUUAGUUAAAUUGUGGCUUAUUUCUUAUUAUUUAGAAUAGUUGAUUACAAAAAUGCCACAUGGAAAUAGCUUCGAACAAUCAUUUAUGUGUUACAGAUUAUAAGAAUGCUCAAAAAAAACUUUUCUUUUCAAUAACACACAAAUCAUGUAGGUCAUCCAGAAAGAAUUCAUUUUAUACCCACAAUAGAGCUAAAGUGAAAGUUUUUCCAGGAUUCUCGAUUUCAGUCGACACCAGCUCUUCAUAUCGUCUCAAAGAUUCUUUAGCGGUUUUCUCCUGUUUUUUUUUAUUUUUAAAGAGGAAUUUACUUGAAGGUGCAGUGGGUACUAUUUGUCCAAAGGAGAAUCAUAGAUACGACCACACCAGACGCCCUCCGUCAAAUUCCCUUAGUCGUGAACAGCUUGGCUUUUCAACAUUCAAGUUAACGUUGGCCUGACCAGUUUCUCAUUAGUUUUUGAGACGGUCGUAGUAGCAAGUACUUCCAUGCUUCCAUGCAUCCGGUUACACCGGGUCUAGCCACGAACUUAAGGAUAGUGCCGACAGGUAUUGGAAAGCAGUAUUACUAAUUACAUUUCCAAAAGCAACUAGCACUCAGUAUUACCACAAAAUCUUCUGGUCUGCGAGAAGACCUGCUGCAUGCUUCCCGUAUUGACAGAAAACCUUUGCACAGCAGGCAGGAUUCAAAGCUCAGUGGAACCCAAGAUCCCACCUAGCUCCACGCUUGCUCAAGGAACCGUGUCAAGAUAAAUGGGAUUGUUCAUGGGAUCUUCACAUGGUAAGAAGAAUGCUGAUGCUGAGCAACCUAGCAACCCCCUUUUGGGUUAAGGCAGGGCUAUACAGGGUGCAACUUCGCAUAUACAUGUGUUUCUAUCCUAACAUGCUCCGACGAGGCCAUCUCCAGUUAGGGUGUUACGUCAGUCAUUAACGUGGAUGUCCUCUUUUCCAGUCACAGGUGUCACUUAAUGUAUGUGUUAGGUCAAGCCCACAAAGGUUUGCAGAUGUGGCAGUUUCUAGGAUUGUUGGAAUGGUGAAUCAGUUGACCUCACUUGAGCCUUUUUAAAUAUUGAUCUAAGAUCUUGAUUGAUUUGGGAAGCCGUAAAUUGUAUCUCAUGUUGUAGAUAAUCCCAAGGCCCUCAUCUGUUCGGUAACCAUUCAAAGCAAUGUAGUUUUUGACAGUUUUCUUAGUCCUUUUGCUACCUAAUUCAGGGUUGUGAUGAAAUGUGUUACUGAAAAGAGCUAAAGUUACUUUAUACCUGUAUCAUUUUGCCACCUUUCACAUUGGACUUAUCACUGCCCAACAUUAUACACAAUAUAGUAUAGCAAUGUAUUAAAUGUUAUACAUUUUGUAGAGGUAAACUUUUUCUGUGAAAAAAUACUAAAUGUACUGGUCAACUUAAUCUUAAAUUUUUGCAAGUUGAAAUAUGAACGUCUAGAAUGAAAUAGGUACUAAAAGUACUGGAGAUAAAUUUGCGCAAUACUGGUUAGCUGUUCUUGAGAACUGUUUGGCCAACAGCUCUUUUUUAUACUGGAAAUACAGUCCUUUUAGAUAGAAGUACUUAUUCCCCGCCUAGAUGAUUGGUUGAGUUUCAUCACUAUUUUUGUUUGUUUGUUCCUGUUUUGUACUACGAGCAUUUAGGGAAUGGAAGAAGGCUCACGAAGCCUGGGUGUCGCCUGGUACCCGGAAUUGAGCCGUUUUUACCUUCGACUCGAUCGUGUCCAUCUCCCAGAAGUAGCAUCUGUGACUGAGCACGAGGUGCGCUCUUUCACCACGACAAGAGUUCACGAUUUUUGGCGAAGAUCAGUCAAACUAACCCAUAUGGUAAAUUAGAUUACUUCUUAUGGUUAUAUCUAACCCUUCCUAAGCUUCAUCUGAUUUACCUCAUCAGCAGUAUUUUCUGUUCAUUACAGAAAUGUUAAUUUCUUCCGGUACCGUCAGUUAUGUUCGUCACUUUGAUCAACAUAGUUUGGUAAGGUUAUAUUGUAUCAAGAGUGUUUAAGACAUCAAGGGUAUUAUUUUUGCUGGGAGUAAUAGUAGAAUACUAGUGCAACAUGUUUAAAGUUGAAGCUUGGAAACAAAACAAAAGGAACCGAACUGAAUCAUCUCUAAAUCCAUACCGGACCAAGAUUUUUUGGAGCGCUAUUUGCAACUACACAUUGUACAGUUAUCUGCUAUUAUCUGCAUUUAAUAAGAAUUAACGUAUUUUCAAUCAAAAUUGUGGUUAAUUCCAAUUGCAUGUAGUAGAUAACAUAGAAAUACCACAAGGAAAUAGUUUCAAAACAACACAUUUUACAGUGUAUAUUCAUCAAAAUGGUGUAGAUUGUUAUCGCUCUAUUUCACACAGUUUUUGGUACGUUUAAGCUGGAUUGCAAAGCCAGUCAUAACGGCUGGAUAAAAGAAUAUAUAUUGAGUUUCAUUCUAAACGUUCACAUUUUUCUCUUUUGUCUUUCUAGACUUUAAAACUUCUGUUACAGGUUUUCAUAGAUUUUCUCAAGUGCUAUCUGUCUUAUCAAAGAUUUUAUUACAUAUUAAUAAUUAUUUUAGUGAAUAUAUCAUUUUGUCUGUAAAUAUUGUUUUUGCACACUGAAACCAUUGCUUGGAGCACUUCAACCAAAGCCCUGGACUGCAAGGUAUGUCUCUUGGUUCUGAUUGAAGCUGAUUUCACUGCGCAUGUUCUACAUUUAAGGAACUAUCGAAGCCUUUGUGUACUAUCGGCUUGACACAUCUUCGUCUUAAGACAGAUUUUAACAUUUUCUUUUUGUUAAUAAUUUUAUCAUGUAUAUAUAAGUUUUAUCAUAGGUUUUAUAGGUCCCGGUACCGUUAAAUCCAUGGAACUAGUUCUGUGUUUGAAAGGGAUUUUUGUUUAGAAAAGCUCGUUGGUACCGGUACCAUUUGUUAUUUUCAUAGUAUAUAUUCUAGCUUGGUUUCUUCUGAAACGGAUAGAUUAGCCGUUUCUUCGGAAGGAGUCAAGUGUAUUAUGUGUAAAUUUUUAGUCUGUUAGUUUUGUUUUUUUUUCUUUAAUGUGUAUAAACCUAGUUUUAUCACUUCCUUAUUUGCAUAAAAUGUGAUGACAAAAAAUAUUCAUAGUAAUUGUAAUUUUCACAAAAUAAAAACAGAAUAACGUCUA